GGGGUUGGGGAGUGAGAGAGCAGAUGCUGCCAGGACCAGGGGUUUGUCCCUGACCUCUCGAGUAGGGGGCUCGGAAGGGCGAAAGGGGAGGGGGAGCAGAUGCUGUUCUCGGCUGGAGGAGGGGUGUUCCUGACCAUCCUGUAUUUAUUGAAAGGAUAAUGAAAGUAACAUUGUCCCAGACCCAAAUCUGGCAGAUUUGUCUUUAGGUACUGUUACUUUGGGUUGCAGAAAUCCAGCUGGAGAUACUGACAGUGGUCAUAUCUGCUGACAUCACUACGGGGCCAGUUAUAGACAGCUUUUCAUUUGUCUGUUAAUAUAGACUGUCUUUUGGAGGAAUACGUUUUUCCAGUAUCCUCAGAACAAACCACCAAACUAAGAUGCAAAUUUCAUAGCUAAUUAUUUGAAGCUUCACAGUUCAACCAUGGAAACUCUCCAAACUAGCUUCCCUUUGGUUCAGGGCUCCAAUAAAAAACGGAAUGGGCUAAGAGAUGAGGGCAGCCCUCCCAUGAAAAAAAUGAUGACAGAAAUGCACGUAAAUGGGAAAGUGCUGAUAAACACAUUGCCAACCGUAAAGAAGGAGAACUUGGAUGACUAUGGUGAUGCUCCAAUGGAGACAGAUGGGGAAAAGGCCAAAUCCAGCUGUAAUUCAGCAUCUGAACCUUUACAUUUAAACCCUAGUUUAAAGCACACACUGGCACAAUUCCACUUAAGUAGUCAGAGCUCCCUGGGUGGGCCUGCAGCGUUUUCAGCUCGUUAUUCCCAAGAGAGCAUGUCUCCUACUGUAUUCUUGCCUCUCCCCUCACCUCAGACUCUUCCUGGGCCUUUGCUCAUUCCUCCAGAUAGUUCCACUGAACUUACUCAAACUGUCCUGGAGGGAGAAUCAAUUUCUUGUUUCCAGGUUGGAGGAGAAAAGAGACUGUGUUUGCCUCAAGUCUUAAAUUCUGUUCUCCGAGAUUUUUCACUCCAGCAAAUAAAUACUGUGUGUGAUGACUUGUACAUAUAUUGUUCACGGUGCACCUCGGAACAACUUCACAUCCUGAAGGUCUUGGGAAUCCUUCCAUUUAAUGCCCCAUCCUGUGGGCUAAUCACACUCACUGAUGCUCAAAGACUGUGUAAUGCUUUGCUCCGUCCACGUACCUGCCCUCAAAAUGGUAGCAUGCUUCCUGCUAAAAACUCCUUGGCCCAGUUACAAGAGACUGGCAGGGCCUUUGAAGUGGAACAUGAGUGCUUGGGUAAAUGCCAGGGCUUAUUUGCGCCCCAGUUUUAUGUUCAGCCCGAUGCGCCGUGUAUACAGUGUCUGGAAUGCUGUGGAAUGUUUGCGCCCCAGACGUUUGUGAUGCAUUCGCACAGAUCCCCUGACAAGAGGACCUGCCACUGGGGCUUUGAAUCAGCCAAGUGGCCUUGCUAUCUCCACGUAAACCAAAAAUACUUAGGGACGCCGGAAGAAAAGAAACUCAACAGUCUUUUAGAGGAAAUGAAGGAGAAAUUUAGUGUCCGGAGUGGAAAGAGAGCUCAGUCCAAAGCAGAUACACCCCCAGGGCUGGAAUUGCCAUCAUGGUAUCCAGUUAUAAAGCAGGAAGGUGACUCUGUUUCUCAGCCUCCUCCAUUCAUCCAUCCCAGCUACUACCUGUACAUGUGUGAUAAAGUGGUUGCUCCAAAUGUGUCACUUACUUCAGCUGCCUCGCCAUGUAAAGAGGUCACGAAAGCUGGGGCCAGAAUGGCAGAAGGGAGCAAGUCUCUGCCAGGGCUGCCUGAGAAAUCUUAUGCCAGCAGCAAAUCGCGCAGAGCCGCCUCUUACCCGGAGCUUUCCCUUGAGGAGCAAGAGAAGAUGGAUCUGAAAUCCAGUCAAGAACUUGGCACCCGCCUAGAUCCAUCCGUGUCCACUGGUUCUACAAAUAAAAAGCCAUUGGAGCCCAAAGCUUGUAGCACAGACCCAGAAACCAGCAAGGCGGAAAGGGGCCGAGAGGCAUCAACUCUCUGGCCAUCGAUUAUCAAGGAUAUCAGUUGUGAGGACGAUAAGGGGAAAAUCAUGGAGGAAGUGAUGAGAACCUACGUCAAAAAACAAGAAAAAUUGAAUUCUAUCCUACAGAAAAAGCAGCAGCUUCAGAUGGAAGUGGAAAUGCUGAGCAGUUCAAAAGCCAUGAAAGAACUCACCGAAGAACAGCAGAAUUUACAAAAAGAGCUGGAGUCUUUACAGACUGAGCAUGCUCAGAGGAUGGAAGAAUUCUACAUUGAACAGAGGGACUUGGAGAAGAAACUGGACCAAGUGAUGAAGCAAAAAUGUACCUGCGACUCAACUUUAGAGAAAGACAAGGAGGCUGAGUAUGCUGCCCAGUUGGCUGAGCUGCGCCAGAGACUGGAUCAUGCUGAGGCAGACAGACAGGAGCUUCAGGACGAACUCCGGCAGGAGCGAGAAGCCAGGCAAAAGCUGGAGAUGAUGAUAAAGGAAUUAAAGCAUCAGAUUGUGAAAUCUUCCAAGACUGUUAAAGAGUAGAGACCAGCAAGGAGAACUCCCCUGUGCUCUCCCAGCGGGGCUUUGUGAUUAAACUGUGAGAACCAUGAGGCAUUCUCUUGAUUUGGAGUUUACAGGGAAAGUGAAGAGAUGACAUAUAUAUAUAUUCAGAUUUUUAGAUUUUCCAAAUGAAUGAAAAUCUGUUUCUUUGUACUAGUGUUUUUUUUUAAAUCUUAAACAACUAGUAACAAUGAAACUGUAUGUUUUAAAAUAGGUGUCUGUCUCUACUUCUAAUGCAAACGACUGUUGUGUACCUUUCUAAAACAGCAUUGUAUGACAGGGAAUACCCUGUGGUCCAUUUUAUUGUUACCCAUGUUUCACACUUGCUUUUGGAAACACUUUCUACUAUAUUUUUGGUGUCUUCAUACUUCAAUAUUUAAUCAAGGGAGGCAUCCAAGCUCCAUCUUUUCUGAGUGUUAAAAUGGACACCAUUUUCUUGGUAAGUUGCUGUUGUGGAUUCAUGGCUCCAUAGAGAACAUUACUCCUCUGAUUCUCUCCCGACUGUGGAAUGAAUUUCCACGAACAAUGGCCAGGGGGAUUCAUUAUGCUCUGCUGCUACGCACGAGGAAUGGCUGACAUGUUGGUGGUUUAUUUUUAUUUUUCCUGUUUAAAUGUGCUUGUGUGAAGCUGUUUUUUUUUUUUCCAGGCAGCAACAGGACAUUGAACUAAAAGUGAUAAUUAGGACUUACUCUUUAGAAUCCCUGAGCUUUUAAUUACUUGUCUGAAGAGUGACCUGAAAAUAUUCAUUCUUGGGGAUGGGGGAGGGAGGGAACCAGUUGUGUUAUCAUUAAUGUAGAUCAGCUGCUUUGUUAUCUAGUCACUUCUCUCCUGUACAGUUUUUAUAUGUAGGUAGGGGUCAGAUUGAUGUUUAUAUUGUGGGUUUGUUUUUUUUUUUGGGUUGUAAAAUACGAAACACUUUGAAAGUCACUUAGAAUUUUUGUAUAUUUAAAUGUCAAGGUAAAUCUUACCAAAAUAUCUGCAAAUGGACCACGUUCAUUUAGCUCUUUAACGUUAAAAAUCAGGAAUUUGCAGCCAUUAGAUGCUGAUGCACCGUAAAUUAAUGCAUGGGAAAAUCCAGAUAUCUGCUGAUUUUCAGACAAUUUUCAGAAGCAAGACAGGAAUUCCAUGUGGGGAAGUAAACUCUUGCACUUUUUUUUUUUUGCACAGAUAGGUCUGUCAUUCUUUAAUGCCAGAUUUCACAUUAAUUAUCCAUUUAUUUAAAAGAGCUAAAAUAGUAGCAUUCAAGUUUUUUCAUGACAUACACUGAAGCCACCCUUCAUUGGAAAUAUUUUUCCAUGCUUUCUAAGCUUUUGAUAGUCUCUCAUAAGGUACUGUUUGAUAAUUAUUAGUUGAAACCACUUACAAAUAUAGGUAUAUGGUUGGACUUUUUUUUUUUGUAUACAGAUUACCAAAUCCUACUUUCAGGAUGGAUGCAAGUUAGGCACUUUGUAGUGAUGCAAAACGUUUAAGCCGCUUGUUCAUUACUUUAAAGAAUUAAUUCUGUGAUUCACUCUAAAUGAUAUUUAUGUGCUCUAAAAUAAUUUGUACCCCUCAAAUGAACAAAGAAUCAAUUUAAACAAA